AUGGCCAUGUUAGAAUCUGGGACGAAUGAGCCACCACCUGUAGAGAAUUGGAAAAUUGUUAAGCGUCUCAUUGGGCACGAUAGCGAUGUACAGGAUCUUGGCUGGUCUUACGAUUCUUCGAUCAUGGUAUCCGUAGGGCUGGACUCGAAAAUUGUUGUAUGGUCAGGGCAUACAUUUGAGAAACUCAAGACUCUCUCUGUUCAUCAAAGCCACGUUAAAGGAAUCACAUUUGACCCCGCAAACAAAUACUUUGCGACUGCUAGUGACGAUCGAACAAUUAAGCUCUUUCGAUUUACCUCACCGCCACCUAACGCUACUGCGUAUGAGUCUGCAAAGUCAAUUUCUGAUCUUGCUUGGUCGCCGGAUGGGCUUUCCCUUUUCGUCGCAAGCUUAGAUGGAACUAUAAUUGCUGCACACUUCCUUAAGGGCGAACUAGGACAUAUUGCACCGUUGACGGAAAACGAAAAAGCCUUGAACAAAUUUGGUGGCAAUCGCAAAGGUGCUGGGGUUGUUGAAGAUGUUGCGUCGAUUCACUUAGAAGAGAUAAGCAGAGCCGACGAACGUCAAAAGACGGAAGGGAAAAUGAGCGCUCUUAUGGGAGGCUCCGGCCCUGUUUUGGCCAAUAAUGGGAACCUGUCGUCGACUCCAAUGACUGGUAUUAUCAAUGCAGCCCCAGCAACGAAUGGCAGCAGUUCUGUACCACCGGCAGAGUCUCAGCCCCCAGCUCCAGCCGAUCCUAAUGCAGAAAAACUAGACGCUUUGAAGCAACGAGUUACAAUUACAAAAGAGGGCAAGAAGCGUGUUGCCCCGUUACUUGUCUCUGCAUCGAGUACAGGAUUAUCAUCUUUACCUCAAUCUCAGCUCAUGGCAUCGAGUUCCAAUAACGUUCAGAAUGAAGCCCCAGUAUCAAUACUAGAUCUUUCUAAACCUUACGAUGGACUUCCGAGAGGUGGUCUCGCUGCUAUGCUCUUAGGCAACAAAAGGAAAGCUAUUGCUAUGGAAGGUGAUGAAGAAGAUGAUGAUGAAUAUUCCCACAAGCGAUCAACACCAGUGGUUGGGCCUGUUCCUAUAACAAUCAAUGGGGUUAGUGGGCUGGAGAAUGCUUUACCACUACCACCUCUAAACGGCGUUGUUCCAACCCCGGAAUUCAUUCGGCCAGCUGUUGUCAAUCCAUCGCUGUCGGUUAGUCAAGUGCGUUUGGCUGUACCAAAAAUUAGAAGCCAUGUCGUCAGAUCCCUCAACCGUGGCAAUCUAGCAUCAACAAACGGUAAUGGCGCCGCAGGAUCUGAUGAGGGUGCGAAACUGUCCGAGGAUGUUAUUCUUGAAGCUCGCAAUCCGAAUGUAACGGUGCCUGUUCAGGUCAAGGACCCGAGCCGAAUCAGUACCAUCAAAAGAGGCAUUACAUUAUGGCAGGAUUUCCUUCCAAGAGCUGUCAUAUUAGUUACGGGUAACAAGAAUUUUUGGGCGGCCGCCUGUGAAGAUGGAAGCAUCUAUACAUGGACCCCUGCAGGUCGAAGAAUAUUCAAUGCUCUCGUGACUGAGUCUCAGCCAGUUAUCAUUGAAUGCCGAGGCUGGUGGUUACUUUGCAUCACAGCUGUUGGGCUGUGCCAUGUAUGGAAUCUGAAAACUCUCGCUUCGCCACAUCCACCUGUUUCAAUGGCCCCUAUUCUCGAAAUUGCCAUGCACUCCUUGGGUACGCAUACUACAUUUGCUCCGGGUGUAACUUCAGCUCAUCUCAACUCAACUGGUCGUAUCGUUGUUACAUUAACCAACGGUGAUGGAUAUGUGUACUCACCUAAAAUGUUUGUUUGGCAACGAUUGUCUGAAGCAUGGUGGGCUGUUGGUAGUCAAUAUUGGAACUCCAAUGACUCCUCAAUCAGUAAUCUGCAAUCUACAGGAGUCGGCCCCGAGAGUCGCAAAGAUGGCGAGAUUGAUAGCUCGAACCUAUCAGCAGGGAUCAUUCCUCAUCUGGAAAGACAUACUACCGGCGAAGUGCUACUUAAAGGUAGAGCAUACCAUCUCCAACGGCUUAUCAAAACCUUACUUUCCAAAGAUGGUUUUGAGGGCUUUGAGUCAGGCGUUAGCAUUGCUCAUCUCGAAAAUCGCGUUGCUGCCGCCUUGCAACUUCAAGCCAAGGAUGACUUCCGUCUCUAUUUAUUUAUGUACGCGAAACGUCUUGGGGCAGAGGGGCUCAAGAACAAGAUUGAGGAACUUCUACGCAGCAUUAUGGGUGGCAUCUUACAAGAAAACAGUGAUAUUUCCGCAGCUGAAAAGGGCGAGGGAUGGAUGAGUGAGGAUGAAAAAUUGUGUGGAUGGGACCGGAAAGAGCUCCUGAAAGGAGUUGUAUUAAUAUUAGGUAAACCAGUCUUUGCUUUCCCGUCCGAUAAUUACAGAGUCCACGUGCUAAUACAUUCAACAGGAAAAUAUCGAGACUCUCAAAGACUCACGGUGCAAUAUGCGAGAAUACUCGAUAUGGUUGAUGACGAAAAUAUACUCAGAGCACAUGGCUUUGUUGCAUAUCUGUAUGGUUGUACAACUAAAUUGGCGGGGGAGUUAUUUAGUUUGGUGUGGGGUAUUCGCUAG